AUGGAAAUCUGCAGGGGACGGUAUAGUCACCUAAUCUCUCUCCUUCUCUUCCUUCUGUUUCAUUCAGAGGCAGCCUGCCGCCCUUCUGGGAGAAGACCCUGCAAGAUGCAAGCCUUCAGAAUCUGGGAUAUUAACCAGAAGACUUUCUACCUGAGGAACAACCAACUUAUUGCUGGCUACUUACAAGGACCAAAUACUAAAUUAGAAGAAAAGAUAGACAUGGUGACCACUGACCUUCACAGUGUGUUCUUGGGGAUCCACGGGGGGAAGCUGUGCCUGUCUUGUGUCAAGUCUGGAGAUGGUAUCAAGCUCCAGUUGGAGGAAAUGAACAUCACCGAUCUGAGCAAGAACAAGGAACAAGACAAACGCUUCACCUUCAUCCGCUCAGAGAAAGGCCCCACCACCAGCUUUGAGUCAGCCGCCUGUCCAGGCUGGUUCCUCUGUACAGCAGUAGAGGCUGACCGGCCUGUCAGCCUCACCAACAAACCUGAAGAGCCCCUUACAGUCACCAAGUUCUACUUCCAGGAGGACCAAUAG